AUUAAAAAAAAGAAAUAACAAAAAAAAAAAGGAUAUUGUAACUAUAACGGAUGAAGCUAAAGAGGAAUUAAAAAAAAUUAUUUCCACAAAUGAAAAGGAAAACAACAAUAAAAAUAAUCUUAACAGUAAUAAUAAUCUUAACAGUAAUAAUAAUAUUAACAAUAAAAAUAAUCUUAACAGUAAUAAUUAUACUAACAAUAAUAGUGACAACAAAACUAUUUUGAAACUCUUCUUUAUUACUAAAGGAUGUAAUGGAUUAACUCAUUCAUUCAAUUUUAUAUCAAAAAAUGAUAUACAUAAAGAAGAUGAAAUAAUUUAUGAUGAUCAAAAUAAUAUACUCCUAGUAAUUGAUAGAAAAUGUAUUCUAUAUGUUAUCAAUACAACCUUAGAUUAUUAUAAAGAUGAUUUAAAUGAAAAAUUUAUUUUUAAAAAUCCAAAUAUUACAUCUAUAUGUCCAUGUGGUACUAGUUUUCACUUUACAAAAAAAAAA